AUGGCAUCUGGCGCGAUGGAGGAAAUCCCGCCGCAUCCAUAUCUCACCGAACCCAUCCUCUAUGUCUCCAACUUACCAGCACACAUUACGGACGAAGUAAUCGCUCGUACGCUCGAAUUUUGCGUCCCAUUCCGUCCGCGGCUCGUGCGCGAUCCUGCCUCUGGAACCGCGUCUGGGUCCAUCGAAUUUCGAACAAUCGAACGAGCUGAAAAGGCACUGGCGACGUUAGAUGGUCGACAAAUGGCUCAAGCAUAUCCUCCCGUCAUAUUGAAUCUAGAUCCAACGCCCCAGUCGACGUCCUCGACUCACAAUUGGCCGCCGCCAGCCGCCAGUCCCCGAAUCAUAUCCAACCUUCCUCCAGCCUUUUCAGACUCGAGGUUGUUCGACACAUUUCGAGUCUUUGGCGCUAUUGCUUCAUGCAGAAUGAACGCUGAUAUGGGCCCCGAUGUCGGGAUCAUAACUUUUUGGAGAGAAGAGGAUGCCGCGCGUAUGGAGGAAGGCAUGCACAUGGGCGAUAUAGAUGACUACACUAUAUCCAUCAAAUCGCUCUCGGCACGUGACAUGCGGAAACACAAGGGGCUCGAGUUUAAUCCCCAAGCACCGUCCUUUGUCCCAAGCGGCAUGCCACAGGGGCCUCCUCAAGCCCAUCCUGUGCAACCUACUCCCCAAGCUGGGUGGGUUUCGCCGUCUCUGAGGCAUGCUUCCCCACCCCUACAACCUUUCACCCUUAGCCCAAUGCCCAGCCCACAUCUUCCGUUGGGGAAUAAUAGCCCAAUGAUGAUGCCAGCCCAAGCGCUCCCUCUGAUGUAUUCCCCGCCUCGUGUUCCCAUGCAAUUUCCAAGAUCACCGUCCUUGUCACCUUUUGUUCAUGGGCCAGGUCAACAAGUUCAAUACGCACCUGCAACUGGGCCAGGCUCGACUAGUGCCAGCGGUCUUAUUGAUCCAUGCAACUUGUUUUGCAAGUUUGGUCAUAUCGUGAGCGCAAGGAUCAUGAGGAAUGAACAUGGACAGAGCCGAGGAUUUGGCUUUGUCUCUUUCCAAACCCCAGAGCAGGCGGCACGAGCUCUGCAGGCCAUGAAUGGUGCGCUAUUAGGCUCCAAGCAAAUCGUCGUACGUCUCCAUGAGCCCAAGCAACUGCGCAAAGAGAAGCUAGCCCAGCGAUUUGCCGCUGGACAUGGUCAUAACGGGCAUCCUCGUAGCGGCAGUGGCGCAACGAGCCCAACUAUGAGUGAGGUUGGUGACAAUGCUUCUGCGUACGGCAGUUGGUCUCCUGGGAUUCCAGGACGCGACAGACAACGAAGAGGCUCUGGAAGCUAUUAUCAGGCGGCACUCAGCGGAACACUCCAUGUGCCAUUAUCGUACGAGGAGCUAGCGGGCAUGUCACCUGUUGUGCGACAUGAAGUCCUCUCAGGCGAACUCAUGCGGCGACUACGUAGCUUCCCUGAAGUCAAAGAAGAAGAGAUUAGUGCGAUAUGCCAAGGAAGCCCUCGGUUUCUCAGAGCCUCCGUCAGAGAUGCCGGCCCUGGUACUCAUCCUGGCUUCGGUGUACCGCUCAAUGUGGCUGCAUCGCACUCGACAUCCACUCUCCUUGACCCCAGCACUCUAGCAGCGACCGCAUCCGCACCUGAGCAUCCCUCGACCCCUGUUUCCUUUACGCCAUCGAUCAACACUCCACCACGAACGGCAUCACCUACUGGAUCCAUCGCUCCAGGAACAGAAAAGGAGCGUCUUCUUGCGGCGGUGUCUGCUCUCGAACCAGCUCGCUACAAAGCAGACCCAACGAAGGCAGCCGAUAUCACAGAGAUGCUGCUGAGUCUCAGUAAGAAAGAGCGCGCUAUGUGCCUCUUUAGCAAUGAAUACCUCAGAGGCAAGGUUGAGAAUGCGAGGAACAUUUUGGAUGCUCUCGCCGAGGAAGACGAACCAACGCCCGCCGCUACGAAUUCUGCGACCAAUAUGAUGAGCAAGUUGACCCUCAACAACAACGGUGGCCCUGCUACGCCACAACAGCAGCAUCGAGCUCCUGCGUCUUCUGCGGCGCAGCAAACUCCUCAGACGCCCGAUCUUUCGGUCGGCACGUCCACCACGACUUCUCCUGCGUUCCCACAGACCCCAGCCGAGUCCAAUACAUCUUCGACUGGACACACGCUCGCAACGCUGGCAAAACUCCCAGCCGUUGAGGUGCUCAAGUUGGCGUCGAGUGGACAGGCAACCGGUCUUCCACUUCCCAAAGCCGAUCCAAGUGUUGUUUCCAACACGGAUCAGUUUGUUGAUUCGCUCAACGACAAGCCAAUCGCGGUCCAGAAGCAAUUACUAGGAGAAAAGCUUUUCAAGACGGUGAAGAGCUUUGGUGUUAGAAACGCACCAAAGGUCACCAUCAAUCUUCUCGACACUGAGGACCUUCGCAGUCUUGCCCACCUCAUGAACAGUUAUCCGGCUCUCCUCAAGGAGAAGGUCUUGCAAUUGACCGUGCCAAGAUAA